CGUAACCCUCAAACUCACUCUCCUCUCAUCCCAGGGCAUAUUGGUAAUUUCCAACCACCCUUAUCCAGACAAAAACCAACCAUUUAUUUCCCCUUUUCAAAAAGCAAUCUAACCUUUAUAAAAGCACAUCACGGAGUAUAGUUGAAAACUUGAGAGCAAUUGAGAACGUUCAAACUCCACAACUAACAAAGAUUAUCCAAAGUGCGAUUCGCAUGGCCACCAACAUUCGUAGAGCAACCUAUCGCUUUCUCCCUGCCAUGGACACAGAUUCUUUCUCCGAUUCCACCUUCGAAUUCCACGAAUCCGAUCUCUACAACUCCGCGCGCGCUAACUCUCCCGAACUUGCCAAAUCCGUACGCUCCUCCAGAUUUCACAACUACUCCUCUUCCUCUGCCGCCCGCGUCGGUGCUCCGGCGUCGCUUCCGGUGAACGUGCCGGACUGGUCGAAGAUUCUCGGCGAUGAGUACGGACGGAACCAGAGGAGGAACUACGACGACGACGACGAAGCGCGGAGCGAUGAGGAAGAUGGAGUUGGGAGAGUGCCUCCGCACGAGUUUCUGGCGAGGACGAGAAUCGCUUCGUUCUCGGUGCACGAAGGAGUUGGGAGGACUCUCAAAGGACGCGAUCUCAGUAGGGUUCGAAACGCGAUUUGGGCUAAAACGGGAUUCCAGGACUAGACCCUUACCAUAGGAUGAUAGGAUCAUAACAUAAGUUAAUUACCGUAUUAAUUUACUACUGUAUUACCAAUUGAAACGACUUUUGUUGAGAGGUCAUUUUUAGAUUUUUCAUUUUUUCGAUCAGCAUCUAUGUGUAUCAGAUCGGAAUUUGAGAUUUUAAUUUGCACCGAGAGCUUUUUGUUUUAAAUAUUGUCAUUGUUGUCGUUUAUUAUUAUCUUUCAGAUUUCGCUUUA